AUGGCCCUUAGAAACUAUCUCUACGCCAAACACGGCAACACGGCUACCGCCACCAAGAUCAACAAGGUAGAGCCUGCUCCAGCAGAAACCACAGACUCCCAGACUACAGUGUCAGGAUGUUCUAGCAACAGACAGCUUGUGUUAGAAGACGGCACCACUCAGUGCCGCAACUGCGCCGACUGUCCCAAGAAACACGCUGACCACGACAUGAUUCCCAAGGUGAUGGUCGAGGUGAACCGCGAGGAGCUCAGUCAUCGUGUGGACCACACGCUCGCCAACAAGCUUCAGGAGAUCGACUUUACCCACUCGAUGUGA